GGAUAAAUGCAAUCUUGUGUUCUUUUUUUCAUAGAUAUAAAGCAGUCGAUUCUACUGAUGGAUGGUUUCUACGCUAAGUGCCGAAAAUAAUUGUCCGUUCAAAAUUGUCUUCGAUGGAAUACGUUUGAGAAGAGAGGCCUGCACAGGUGACGAUACAUCGGAGAUGGUUAUCGCGAACGUAUCGCCUUGGCUCCCUUAUUCGGAACUCUUGAUUUCACAACCCACGCACCCCAACGAUCUUGGUAGUGAUCCUCGACACUGGACAUUCGACCUUGCCGCGUCCUAAGCCCGGAGUAAUAGCCAGCUAAAAUUAGGGACUCACGUUCUCGCGCAUAAUGACGAGAAAGCGACUGCGAGGCCUGCUUCCGCUUCUGACCAUGCUCUUAGAUUUUUAUAAAUCCUAGGUAAAAUCUUAAUUUUAGCAUUAAACCAAAGAGAAUGCUGUCAGAAAAUGCAUCGAAUGUACUUCCAAUGUUACCAUGUCCUUCUGAUUAGCAUUUUCAAAAAGUACAUUUCUAUAUGUCCCUCGACCAUCAAAAGAUUAAAAACGGUGUAGUUUUUUGUUUGUAGUUUGAACGGAUAUGAAGACAGUACAAGAAAAUUUUCAAGCUUGUAACAGUGACAUUCUAAAUAGGCAUCUAUUACCUUCGAAUCCGCUAACGAGUAGUUUCCGACUUAGAGCACAAAGCAAGCUCGUUUUAAAUGGACCAACACGAACAUUUGUCCCCAAUUGGAUACAACAUUUUCCACUAAAAUGAAAUGUACUUCGACGCGGUCAGCUUUCUGGGAGCCAUCCGAUCCGCUAUGCGUCAGUACAGCGAGGAGGACUCGUAUUAAUUCAUCCAGUCACACUGUCGGGAGCGCAGCGGCGUUCCGAACACUGUCGGACAUUUAAUCGUGCCCCACUCUUGCCACGCUGACAUCACGAUGUGGAGAACCGGUCAGCAGAGCGGCUCAUUGAGUCGUGAGAGAACUUGUGGUAAGAACCGCGCGGACGCAAAGAAGCACGCAGCACGCUGGCUACCACCGGCAUUCCUAUUCACUCGAACUCGAGCCAGCGCUGACAACAGGAAACGCAUCCGGACAACGUUUCUUUCCAUUCCAAACGUCUAUAUCGAAUGAUACGCAGUCACGGCAAGCACCGAAAUCUAACAUCUUCGAAUUGCCAGAAAAAUGGAUCGAGAGGAUGAGGUUCUGCAGAUGCACCUGUUGCGAGACUACCGUUCGUCUUUCACGAGAACUCGACUGCACGAACAGCUUUUGGACAGUCUGCGGUCGAGGAACAUCAAGCUCUUCGCAAGUCUGCUCGAGCAAAUCUCAAAAAGUGGCGUCGACAUAAACCGCGUGUACCCCGGCGAGCCGGGGGAGACCUGCCUGGAUAUCGCCUGCAUGGAAGGUCUCACGGACUUCGUUCCAAUUCUCUUGGAGAAGGGGGCCGACGUGAACAGGAUCAACGAAGAUGCGAACUAUGCCGCGAUCCACUACGCCAUGGAACAAGGUCACGAGGAUGUUCUACGGGUGCUGCUGGAGAACCCUAUGGUCAAUCCCAAUCUGCAGGCUGCUUCUCAAACCGCUCUACACAUAGCAGUGAGUAACGACAACCUGGUAUGCGCGGCACUAUUACUGGAGAAGGGGGCUAGUCCGAACGUGGUUAACAGCAAAGGUCUGACCCCGCUUCAUAUGGCGGCUAUGAGGAAGCAAAGAGCUAUGGUGGAAUUGAUCUUGGAUAAAGCGACACUCGCCCCAGACCUGGACAGCUACAAGGAUUACAACAAAGAGACUACGAGGGAUGUUCUAAAGAGGCUGCUACCGGACCUAUUGCUACCUCCUCCCGUAGAUAGACGUCCGGAUGUGAACCUUCUCAAAUACCACCUGACCGCAAACGACGAGAAGAGUUUCCUGGAGUGUCUAAAAAAUAUUUCGAACAACGCGGAGAUCGAUGCCGAGAAUCUGAUCGCGAUGGCCGCCCAGCGAAACUUCGAGAACGCGAUCUCCGAAUUGUUUAAGAGACGACCUGUCAGUUAUAACUUAGAGAAAGCCGCAGACAUAGCGAUCCAGAAGAACUCGCCGCAUAUUCUCCGUCUCUUACUGAACAACUUCGCUGAUAUGGACGUCGAGGCUGCGAACAGGCUACUAUUCACCGUUUGUAUCGACCUAGGAAUCCCCGGUAGUGGUGGCUCGCAGGACACGUUGAAUCGCCUCGAAUGUCUCAGAUUGGUCCUCGAGAGGGACCAAGUAAACGUUCGUUGUACCGACGGGAAAGGAAAUACUCCUCUUCACUAUGCGGCAAGAGCCGACAGCCGCGAAGCGAUGGCGAUGCUGCUGGCAAAGGGAAGCUACAUUGGCCAUGUGAACGCGUUCGGCUCGCCAGCAGUAGCCGACAUACCCGCGUCCACACUGUCUCAAUACUUCGACGACUGCAUCCAAGCCAGAAGGGAACAUACAAACGAGUAUCUAAUCGAGUUCGACUACAGAUGCUUGAAUCCUCACAAUACUGAUCCGAAACAACACAGACGGGAGAUGGAUCUCUUCCAGUAUAUCGCCGGCAACACCGGUUUGAAACAUCUGCUGAAGCAUCCCCUGCUGUCCUCGUUCAUCUAUCUGAAGUGGCAGAAAAUACGCCUCGUCCUCCGUGCGAGCUUCGCUUUCCAUUUGCUUCUCUACGUUCUACUGAACGCAUAUAUCAUUGGUGCAGCGGGGACAAGAACAUUCACAAAAUCUGACAAUCAAAUUUCCGAAGCGUUACCAGAGAUACCACCCGCUGUUAUUAUUUUCAGAACACUUGCCAGCAUUGUCCUGUCAAUACUUGCGUUUUGGAAGCUGUUCCAGCUAGUCACGUCGCCGUGCUGUUACGUAUCGAAUUUUGGGAACUGGUGCGAACUGGUGUUGGUGUUUCUUGAGUUCCUAGUACUAUACGACGUGGGCCCUGAUAGCUUGGCUGCUCCAGUGACACUGCUGUCCGCUUGGCAUUUGGUGGUCAUGAUGGGCCAGUACUCCUGGCUGUCCGCGGACAUUGAAAUAUUCAAGACGGUAUCCUGGAAGUUUCUGCGGUUCUUGGCCGUCUACGCGCUCCUCAUUUUCGCGUUCGCGUUAGCCUUUUUCGUCCUGUUUCAGCAAAACGAGAAUUUCCUGGACCUUGGUCAGUCAAUGUUUAAAACCAUUAUCAUGCUUACCGGCGAAUUCGAUGCAGACGAAAUACCAUUCAAAUCUUAUCCAUACAUGAGCCAUCUGGUUUUCGUCUUGUUCGUCUUUCUGAUCGCCAUAGUACUGCUCAAUCUUCUAAAUGGUCUGGCGGUGAACGACACAACCGAGAUUCUCGGCAAGGCCGAGUUGAUUGGCCUGAUUUCCAGGAUCAGGUUGAUCUCUUACGUUGAAAAUAUAGUAACCAACUCGGUCUACGAUCACGCACCGCAUUGCCGGCUAUCGCAUUAUUGUCUUUGUAACUGGCGGUGCAAACCUCUCGCUUUCCUGACGAGCCAGGUCCUUGUGUUCCCGGAGUAUUUAAGGAAAGGUACGCUCAGUGUUGAGCUUUACAAUAGAUCCAAGAUGGACUCCGGUAUUAUCAAACGAGCUAGAGAGAUUCUUUCAAGGAAAGAUCGGGAAUCGGACACUGAAAGAAUCAUCGGUGAAUUAGACAAAGUGAAAGAAAGGCUGGCUUUGAUCGAUGUUUCGCUGAAUGCCCUAAGGCAGGGCCUCGACAACAAUAAUAGAACAGAUGAUAGCACUCCUUCUUGAAGACUUUCAGCUAUAUAUGUAUUUUUCUAAUUUCUUUCGCUUACAAACGUCAAGGAUCAUUGAUGUCCAAUGAUACAUUGUUCCAUCAGCACUGAUGCCGAUAAAAUAGAAAAAUAGAAAAGUGAUAUAUCAUUUCGUAGUAGCUACGCUGUUGUUCUCAAUUCUAAUUAAGUUAUUUAGUUUUACAAAAAAAUCAUCUAUAAUCUUCGACUUUAUAUGUUGUUUAUAAUUUGUUGACUUACGAUUAAGAUAUUCGAAGAUUUUUAUACUUAUGAUUAAACUAUUUAAAGAAUUUUAUAUUCCAGACUAUAAACAAAGCAAUAAUUUUAUCGAAUUAAAUAUUUAAAUUUCAUAGAAAUUAAGUGCGAUGCGUCAUUGUUGGAGUAUGAACAUUGUACGAUAAAUAAGUUGUAUGUAUUGCUUUUACCGCAGUGCCAUUAGUUGAUAUAAAAUUUUGGUGACUAAACGCAUCACAUUCUUUUGUGUACAUGAUAGUGAAUCGAUCGUGAUAAUUAUGCAAAUAAAUAAAACAAUUGAACUACUAAGGAUAACAAAUUAAAGUACAUUUGUUCAAAGUGCGAAUUUUCGAUUUAAGAUCGGUACAUAAUUACUCGAUGCCACUUAUUAUUUAAUUCGUGAUGCAAUUGUGUAUACGCAUGUGCGUUUAUAAAUUAAUUUUACUGUAUACGAAUAUUUAACAGUCAACCGGAGACCUCCUCUUGAGUGGUUGCCUUCUCUUUCCCACGUCGUAUUAAAAUGUCGGUAUAAAAUAGAUUGAAAUCUAGCCUGAAAAAAAAUUUAACAUUCAUGUCAAUAUGAUUAUCAAAUUUUAACAUUUGUAAAUCAACGACUCACCUACAGAAUACAUUCAACAGUUUUUCAUUAUUGUUAUCACUUCCUAGAUCACAGAUUCUGUCCAGAAGACGUGUUAAUACUUGCGUAAAUUUAUCGUCCAGCGAUACAAUUGUUUCUUCAAAGCUUCCUGCAUUCUCUUUCAAUGUGUCUCCGUUUUCGUUCUAACAAAAUAGACAGAAAUAAACUGAUUAUAUUUAAAUUUAAUUCGAUGCAUUCUAAUAAACCCCUUGUAGAACUAUGAUUAAGAAGAGCAUACAUUAUUGAAAAUUAAUGUAAUGUACACAAUGAUAUCUGAAAUAUGCCACCCACUGACGUACACAUGUGGAUGGCAAGCUAAAAAUUUGUAAAGCGAAUGCAUCUUAUUGCUUGAAUUUCACGUACCUGCAAUGUAAAAAUGAGAUCUCACUAUCGCUAUGAAUACAACUAUACAUAUAUUAAAAUGUUUAAACGCAUAAAUCGAGUACCAUGCUAUGUCUGAAUGAUAUUUAAAUACCAAUUACAAACAUUGAGGUGUAACUUCAAAUAAAUAAAAAAUACACUUUAAAACA